AUGGCGACGGAGGGUCAAUUUCUCGCCGUCGGCUGGAGCGAUGGCCACGUGAGACUGAUGGGUCUCGAGAACAACAAGGCGGCCCAUCAUAUUCGCGUGACCGAGGACCAGUCUGCCGGCAUCACCCAUAUCGGCUGGGCGUGCAACAGCGUCUCCAAGACAGACAGUGUUCCCAAGGAGGCCGAGACCGCCUCGUGGCGCCAUGCCCUCGACGAAGAGCUGCAAACCGCAGGCAACCCUCCAGAACUAGAUCUGCCGCGCGAGCUGACGUUUCUCGAUGUCGAGUCGUCGCUGCCCAAACUGAGUCCUCUGCCGAGCGCCAGUGCCGGCGAAGGCGAGGAUGCCAUGGUCUUCACCUUGCGGACUGGUAUCGAGUUCCUCUUUCGGCCCUUCAACACGGCCGAGAGCGAUGAGGUCUUUGUCAUGGUCGUCGGCACCAGUGACGGGCGUCUGCACCUCAGCAUCUAUGAUUCGUUCGUCAUUGGUGAUUUUCGCUAUACGCUGCCGAGCGCCAUGUACAAGCCAGGCGUUCUGCAGCUCAUCCACCAUGCCGCCCAUCCGUCGGCAUCCACCCACUGUCUCAUCCUGAAGCAUCCUGCCGACGAUGACCGCGCCGUCUAUCUGGUUCCCAUGGACUUACCGUUUGUCCCUUACUCUCCGAUCAACCUCGCCCUCCUCGCGUCCAAGUUGACUACUCUUCAGAAGCUGCUCCGAUACGUAAAGCAGUCGCAGCUCCACGCCACGGUAGAGUACAACAACACGCGAGAACUCCCCAGCAAGUUCCUGCGUAGUAUUCAGGAGGAUCUACAGGGCGCCGAGCGUGGGCCGACCGACAUUGUCCAGGCUCUCUUCCAUACUGUCGUGACUGGCCACACCCACGAGGUCGUCAAGGAAUGGCUCGUGGACCAGCUGGCCGAGCGCCCGCCUCCGCGCCUCGCCCAGUUCCACGAUGCCCGCGACGACAUUGGCUUCUCCGCCGCGCAGGUCGCCCGCGCCAUGGACGUCGUUGCCUGUCUGCGUCUCGCCGCCCACCGCGUCCUGCUACACGUCAUGGAGGAGCUCGACCUCUUCACCGCCUUCUCCGGCUGGCUGCGCUUCCAGAUCGACCGGCUCGCGUCGUCGAGUUCGGCCACCGAGGAGCUCAACGAAAAGGAGGCCGGGUUGGAAAACGGAAAAGUGCUCGCGUACAUCCAGCGUUAUCUGUUGCGCAGCCCCAUGGCGCUCUUCUUCGACCCCGUGGCCGACGACGAGCGCGAGGCCGACUGGAAGUUUAUCCAGAACGAGCCGGCGCUUCUCGACGCUGUCGAUGCGCAGAUUGCCCGGCAGGAAGAUGGCCAGCCCUACAUGAAGGCGCUGCCGCAGCUCGCCUUUCUUGUGGCGUACCUUGAGGACCGCGCGAACGGCAUCUUCAAGGACAUUGCCGAGGCCCAGAAGCGGAGCGUCAGGUUCGGACAGCCCACCAGGAUCGUCAUGGGUAGCAAAAUGUCUAGGAUCGACUGUGUCAUGGGGCCGAUUAUCAACGGGAAUGACCUAGAGGACCAAGCGUCGACUUUUGUGGCAGCAAUCCAGGAGGGCAAAGAAGACGAGCGUAAGUUUCUCGGCCGUGCCGUUUUGUCGUCACCCGUGGGUCCCGCCGACUCUGACGAAGCUCUAGUGUACAUCUUCCGCAACACCGUGCGCAUCAUCAACGGCAUCAGCACCACGACGUCAAAGACGUGCCCCGCGCUGCGUCUCGGCGACCACAAAAUCACCGACAUCAAGUUCCUCGGCCACGAGACCCUCGUCCUGCUUCUCCGGACCACCGGCAUGUUCAGACCAACCAACCACCUCCCCAUCCAGACGCCCGAGGUCAAGUACGCCCCUUACACCGAAGAGUCCCUCCCUGACCCCGAACUUCUCUCCGCCGCGCACGGCUUCACGUCCUUCACCCUCUCCGAAAGCAACGGCGGCGGCGGCGGCUCCUGGGUUCCCAUUCGCAUGGAGGUCCACCCCCGAAGCGACGUCCGAGACGACAUGCCCCCGCGCGUCUGUCUCCUCGGUCGUGACAGGACGACGUGGCGCGUCUUCGCCCUGGAGAAGGAUGCCGCCGUGCCGCAACAGCAGGGGCAGGAGGACAAGCAGCAGCAGCAGCAGCAAUUGAACACGCCUGGGCGGGACAACGCAUAG